UAGGCAAGAUGAGUGUGUACGUGUGUAUGUGAGGUCGGUCAUAUGAGCGUCACUUGUGUCGGAGUUACCCGAGGGCGCCAUGUCUUAGUGAAGUUUGAGCUAAAAGAAUUGCGGAGCUGAGAUGGGAUGGCGCUGCGUGACUUCAUUGGCAACAUUUUCAUAAACUGACAAGGGUGUGUGCACCAUGACCUCCAAGUCAUCCCUGCUGAAGGUCAUCCUGCUGGGGGACGGUGGUGUGGGCAAGUCCUCCCUGAUGAACCGGUAUGUUGCGGACAAAUUCGACACGCACCUCUUCCACACCAUCGGCGUAGAGUUCCUCAACAAAGAGCUGGAGGUCGACGGCCGCACCGUCACGUUACAGAUCUGGGACACGGCGGGCCAGGAGCGAUUCCGCAGCCUGAGGACGCCCUUCUACCGCGGCUCCGACUGCUGCCUGCUGGCCUUCAGCGUGGACGACAGCCAGAGCUUCCUCAACCUGCCCAAUUGGAAGAAGGAGUUUGCCUACUACGCCGACGUGCGCGAGCCCGACCGCUUCCCUUUCGUGGUGCUGGGCAACAAGGUGGAUGUGCCCGAGAGGCAGGUGUCUGCCGAAGAGGCCCAGCGGUGGUGCCGUGACAACGGCGGUCACCCGUACUUCGAGACCAGCGCCAAGGACGCCACCAACGUGACGGCGGCCUUCGAAGAGGCCGUACGGCGCGUGAUGGCAUCCGAGGACAGGGCAGAGCAUAUGCUGCCGUCGGACACAGUGGACCUGCGGAGGAAGACGCGCUCCAGCCCCCCCUGCUGCUGAGGAGAGGUACUGCACAGUCAGACAGCUGCAGAGAGAGUUCUGUCAGAACACUGGACUCUGAAAACAUGCCUAGACAAAAAAUGCUAGAUGAAAACUGCAAAGGACGUGCUGUAAGGCUGGCCCUGCAUCUUUCACAUUCAGAGUGCUUGGCUGUUAGCUUUGUCAGGUUGUUUCAUAUAGUUCAGGUGCCAAGAGUGAACAAGCUUUUCAAACACACUGAGUCGACAAGAUGCAGUAGAUGCAGACACCUGACCCAUGUUAAGAUACUUUCUGAUGAACUGCAAAUGCACUCCCAUAUCAAGAGCGUGUGUCUCACACACACACACACACACACACACACACACACACACACACACACACACACACACACACACACACACACACACACACACACACACACACCACACACACACACACACACACACACACACACACACACACACACAAACACACACACAGUCCUGUAUCUCUGUCUACAUGAUGACAGACAUUUGCACUCACAUGAUUCUUAGGGGUUACACUGUACUUGCGUCAUAUUUAAGGAUGGCAAAGAUGGUGCCAAAUAUGUAACAUUAUUGUUAUAUUAUUUUUAUGCAGUGGAUUUUCUGAGAUGUGUGUUUUGUCUUUGAAUAACAGUGUUGCUUACAGCAUGGGGUCCAAAAGAACAGCUAGCCUUGCUAAUGCAAGAGCAAACACUGGUAUGGAGCUCCUGUUAGGUCAUUAAUGUGUAAUUGCCUUGGUCUUUCCCAUUAAAGAUGCUCUCCUCCAUUUUGGCAAAGGUUGUUGAUAUUUUUCAACAGCCAAUCAAUUUACACCUCUCCCAUCUGAACCAACAUGCAGAUUAGCUGGAAUUGUGUAUAGGUCGGUUUGAGCCACUAUGUUUGCUUCCCAUUUACAGAGUCAGGACUGUGUAGAAACACUGGAGUUAUUUGAGCACACACGCUGAAUUAGCUAGGUGGCUGGAAGACUGAGGAGAAAUUUUCUGAAUUCGACAAAAAUAUAUUGGACUCCACCUUUAUCUAUCUAUUGUACAGUCAGAUUAUUUCAGUUUGGUUAAUGCUUGUGAGAACCAGUACCAUUUUGUACAGAAAAUAAUAAUAAAUAAUAAUAUAGGUA